UGUGUGUUAAUUCUUGUCUGGUGUUUUUGCCAGGAAUUUACCACCACUGGUUCCUCCAAUACAGACACAGGCAAGGCCUCAGGCAGUCUAGAGACCAAAUACAAGAUCAAGGACUAUGGACUUACAUUCACCCAGAAAUGGAACACAGACAACACCCUGGGGACAGAGGUGUCCAUGGAGGAUAAGUUAGCUGAGGGAUUGAAGCUGACUCUUGACACCAUAUUUGUACCAAACACAGGAAAGAAGAGUGGGAAAUUGAAGACCUCUUACAAACGGGAGUAUGUAAACCUAGGCUGCAACAUUGACGUUGACCUUUCUGGACCAACCAUCCAUGGCUGGGCUGUGUUGGGCUAUGAAGGCUGGCUUGCUGGUUAUCAGAUGGCUUUUGAUACAGCCAAAUCUAAACUAUCACAGAAUAACUUUGCAUUAGGAUACAAGGCAGGAGACUUCCAACUACACACUAAUGUGAAUGAUGGCACUGAAUUUGGUGGGUCAAUCUAUCAGAAAGUUAAUGAUAAAGUUGAGACAUCAGUAAAUCUUGCUUGGACUGCUGGCAGUAACAAUACCCGUUUUGGCAUUGCCACUAAGUACCAGCUGGAUGAAAAUACUUCCAUUGCGGCUAAAGUGAAUAAUGCCAGCCUGAUUGGAAUUGGUUACACUCAGACCCUUCGACCUGGUGUGAAGCUGACACUCUCAGGUUUGGUUGAUGGCAAGAACUUCAGUGCUGGUGGUCACAAGGUUGGGCUGGGCUUUGAGCUGGAGGCUUAAUGCAAUUUUAAGUGGAACAGCAGCUCUGUUCCUGGAGAUGAAGGGGAAAAAAUAACCCAACAUGUUUUGGCCUUAAAAUUCUUCUGUGAAAUUUCAAGUGUGAAUUUUUUUUAUUCUUCCCAAGAAUUGUAACUCUCUUCCCCUCUCCCACCAGCUGUAGGGUGUAAACUCGUCAUAAAAGGAGAUACUUGAAGGCGUGCAUGGAAGUUGUAAAGGUUAUGCCACAUUUCAGUUCCUCAGUGUUAUUUUAAAUUUGUUCCUUAAAGACAGCAUAGCAUUUCCUUACAAAGGAAAAAAUCCCAGCUAGCAUAUCACAUCCUGCAUGUCCUACACCUGAUGACCUCUUAUGAAAUUGGUCUCUGUGCAGUAGUGAAAGCUUUGGUUUUGCAUCAAAGUGAAAUAAAUCAAUCAAUCACAUUUGGAAC